GUCACUUCGCCCAUCCAGUAGGGUCUCGAUAUCUUGGGCACUGCGUGAGAUAAGGAUUCAUGUAUUUGGUUGACCUCCGCGACGCAUUCUGCCGUCCAAGGAUAGGAUAUUGGCCAUGGUUCAAAGGAACGAGAUUUUCCUUUUUAAAUUCAACGUUAGUUUGGCUACAUUGUGGUAUGCGGUAGGACUAUAAAACGUCGUGCGACGUGCAACUUCGCGGUCAAUGUUCGAGUGGAUUCCGCCGGUGGAUGGUCGGCCUGUUCAGUGAUUCGUCCAUUAGCGUGCAUUCUCGCUGCAGAAAGGCUUUGCGGUAAAAACUAGCAACAUUGACAGUGAACCUUGAGUGUUGAGUGAUCCCCAAAAGCGGAGAAUUGGAGAUGGAUCCGAUGCAAGUGGAAGUGAAGGACAUCGACAAGCUCUUGCAACUGGACGCGUAUCUGAAACCUUUUGAACGGGAAAUACGAAGAAGACAUGGCUGCGUCAAAGGGUGGUUAGAUAGAAUCAAGGAAGUGGAAGGAGGUCUUGAUCAGUUUUCGCGAGCAUAUUCUUAUUAUGGACUGCAUUUCGAACCAGAUAAUUCGGUGGUAGCCAGAGAAUGGGCACCAGGUGCAACACAAGUUUACCUUACAGGCGACUUCAACAAUUGGCAGUGGGAACAGCAUCCAUACAAAAACUUGGGAUAUGGCAAAUGGGAAUUAAAACUUCCUCCAAAUUCUGAUGGAACUCCUCCCAUAAAACAUUUGUCAGAGAUAAAAGUCAUAAUACGUACGAAGUCAGGCCAACUGGUUGAUCGGUUGUCACCGUGGGCAAAAUACGUUUUACAGCCUCCAAAAGAAGCAAAUCAGGGAACGAAUUACAAACAGUACGUGUGGAAUCCGGACCAGACUUACAAAUUCCAGUUCCCUAAACAACCACGACCUAAGUCACUGCGGAUAUAUGAAUGCCAUGUGGGUAUUGCAACUGAAAAGUAUGAAGUCGGAAACUAUGACAAUUUCGCUGAGAAUAUUAUUCCGAGAAUUGUUAAGCAAGGCUACAACGCUAUUCAAGUUAUGGCGAUUAUGGAACAUGCAUACUAUGCCAGUUUUGGUUAUCAGGUCACAAGUUUCUAUGCAGCUUCUAGUCGAUAUGGAACUCCCGAGCAAUUAAAACACAUGGUUGACGUGGCACAUAAACAUGGAGUUUAUGUUCUUUUAGAUGUGGUGCAUUCGCAUGCAAGUAAAAAUGUUCAAGAUGGUUUGAAUCAGUUCGACGGAACUGACGCUUGUUUCUUCCACUCUGGUCCUCGUGGUGAACAUACCCUUUGGGACAGUCGAUUAUUUAAUUACUUGGAAUAUGAAGUGUUGCGGUUUUUGCUAUCAAAUUUAAGAUGGUGGAGCGAUGAAUAUAAUUUUGAUGGAUUUAGAUUCGAUGGAGUCACUUCAAUGUUAUAUCACUCACGGGGUAUAGGAGAAGGCUUUAGCGGCGAUUACAACGAGUAUUUUGGCUUAAAUGUGGAUACAGAUGCUCUUGUCUACUUGGCAUUAGCUAACCACAUGUUGCACGAACAAAAUCCAGAAGCAAUAACAAUUGCCGAGGAUGUUUCAGGAAUGCCCACCCUAUGCCGACCUAUAUCUGAAGGCGGAGUCGGUUUUGACUAUCGUCUUGGUAUGGCCAUUCCAGAUAAAUGGAUUGAAAUUUUAAAAGGCAAACGCGAUGAAGACUGGAACAUUGGUAACAUCGUACACACCUUAACAAAUCGCAGAUGGAAAGAGAACACGGUCGCAUAUGCCGAGUCUCACGAUCAAGCGCUCGUUGGCGACAAGACCAUAGCAUUUUGGUUGAUGGAUAAAGAAAUGUACACACAUAUGUCCAUGCUUUCUGAACCUUCGCUUAUUAUUGAUCGUGGCAUUGCAUUGCACAAAAUGAUUCGUUUAAUUACACAUGCACUGGGAGGCGAGGCUUAUUUGAACUUCAUGGGAAAUGAAUUUGGACACCCAGAGUGGUUGGAUUUCCCCCGAGUUGGCAAUAACGAUUCUUAUCACUAUGCUCGUCGGCAAUGGAAUUUGGUGGAUGAUCCGCUUCUAAAAUAUAAAUUUUUGAAUGAAUUUGAUAAAGCUAUGAACUUAACGGAGGAGAAAUAUGGGUGGUUAAGAAGUGAUCCAGCAUAUGUGAGUUGGAAGCACGAAGGGGAUAAAGUUAUUGCUUUUGAAAGAGGUGGUGUACUCUUUGUUUUCAACUUCCACCCCACCCAAAGUUUCACUGAUUACAGAGUUGGAGUGGAAGUCCCUGGCAACUAUAAAAUUGUCCUGAGCUCUGAUGAUAGCUUGUUUGGAGGAUACAAUCGCGUAGAUAAGAAUUGCAGUCAUUUGACUAAUCCAGAAGGUUAUGCAGGAAGACGGAAUUUUAUUCAGGUUUAUACACCAUCUCGCACAGCAGUCGUUUACGCCAAAGCUGAUUAAUUUUGGGUAUAAAAAACGGGUAUUUUGCAAAAUAAAAAUCAUAAAAUCAUAUAAAGCAUUUGGAAAUAAAUGUAGGAGCUUCCGAUGCAGUUGUUAUAAAAUUCUAAAAAACUGUAGACUUGUUUCCUUUUUUCUAUAAAAUAAAAAAAAAGUACUACUUUUUUAAAAAGUG